AGAAAUAUGUUAAUCUAAUCAUACUAUGAACCAACAUCAGUAAAUUAAAUAAAUAAUAUUAUGUUCAAAUUAAAAUUGUUGAAAAUAUCAAUAGGUAAUAAUAAUAUCACCAAAGAUAUGCAAUUGAUUAAAGACAUCAAGAAUACAAACCAACAGGUUAGCCAAAUAGGCUAUUUAUACCUAUGUAAAACUUUUUUGCAAUUUAAGUUUCUUAUAUCCUAAAAGAAAAUAAAAUUUAUCACUUGAUUUUCGAAUCUAGUAAAAUGUAUGUGUAAGUUGUAAACAACAAAAAUUACGAUUGUAAUUUAAUAAAUUUAAACAACAAAUUAUAAUUUACAUUUAUUUUUAAUUUUGUAUUUUACUUGUUAGAGUCUACAGAUACAGCAUUGCUUCUAUCUUUAUUCAAUCACCCAAUUAUCUUGACUAAUUUUGGAGAAAAAAAAAUUGUGAAGAUAUACCUAAAUCUCAUACUCAGAUAAAGUCAAUAGAAAAUUUUCACAUCAUAUCACCUCUAACUUUGAGCGUCACCUAUAUAUAAAUUAUGAUCACACCAACCUUGACUAGAUCCCCAUUUAACUACUACCUUUCUAAUUAAUUCAAUUAUAUUUUUUAAUUAAAUCAAAGGAUUGCUUCAAAAUCAAGUAAACAAAAGGUCUUUGAUUAAGACAUAUCUGGUCGUGUUUAGCCACAACUCCUGCAGCUAUGAUCUCCCAAGAAGAAGUACCCCAGAGUACAAACCAUUCUCUGUCAUUUUCAUCACUACCGCACGAAAUCGCUGUGAGUUGCUUAGCCCGCGUAUCGGGAUCGUACUACCCGAAACUUUGCCUUGUCUCCAAGCAAUUCCGCUCAAUCAUCUUAUCAAAUGAACUCUACAAGGCUAGAACUCAACUUGGAACCAAAGAAAACCGCCUCUACGUAUGGCUAAAAUUGCCUACUCGUAGUUAUCCUUCUUGGUUCACCCUUUGGAUAAGGCCUAAACAAACCCUAACCAACGAUGGCCCGAUCAAGAAAAAGUCUACUGGAAAUUUACUGGUGUCGUUGCCUUCUUCGUAUAAUUAUCAAGUAGUAGUACCCUCAGUGAUAGUUGGUUCAGAAACCUACAUAAUCGGUGGAUACAAUGUUCCUUCUUCCUCCGUGUGGGUCUAUAAGAAUGGCAAGAUUCACACCUUAUGUAAAGCUCCUAGAAUGUCCGUGGCACGGAUUAACGCAGUAAUUGUUGGACAGUAUCCUAAAAUAUAUGUAAUGGGAGGGUGUGAUUCAGAUGAAUCCAUGAAUUGGGGUGAGGUUUUCAACAUAAAGACUCAAACGUGGGAACCUUUGCCAGACCCUGGUCCAGAUGUCCGUGGCCAUUUGGUUAGGAAAAUGAAAAUGUAUCAGAAAAACCUUUACGUUAGUAGCGAGAAGAAGGAUUAUAUAUAUGAUACUCAAGAACGUAGAUGGGAUGUUACAGAGGUACUCUUAAAUUGCAGUUGGUGUGUGAUAGAGAAAGUACGCUACAUUUAUUACAACAAAAACUGCUGGUGGCUUGACACAAAGUCUAAAGAGUGGAGAACGAUCAAAGGUUUGGAUUUUCUAAAUAAAUUCCGUGAAAUAGAUAGGGUUGAAAUAGUUAACUUUGGUGGGAAACUCGUAAUGGUAUGGGACAGAUUUACGCUAUCUAAACGAAACAAGAAAAUUUGGUGUGCGAUGAUUGCGCUUGAAAAGUCUCAUGGAGGUGAAGAAAUUUGGGGAAAGAUUGAAUGGAUUGAUGAUGUGCUUAUGGUCCCUUUAUCAUAUACUUUCUUGGAUUGUAUGGUCAUAUCCAUAUGAAAAAUGUUCUGUUUUCGCUUUGAUCGUCGUCGAUCCUUUUGUUCAAUUUGGUUUUAAGUCUUAAAUAAUACUCUACUAGAUAUAAGCUGAUUAA